AUGCGAGCCUCCAAGUUGCUGGCCUUCGCAGCCUCGUGCUGCAUCGUCGGCGCUGAGUGGUUUCGAUGGUCGGCCGGCGACGAAUAUGUCCUCUCUGCCAUGCCGCAAGAAACCGGCAUCGCGAGCGCGCGUGCUGAGGUCGGCUGGACCCCAAUGCCUACGCCGGCCCCGGGCGCUGCUGAGCCAGAGGGCAAUCGCGUUCUGAAUGUUCUCCUGCAGCGAGAGGAGACUACUACCAACUGGACUAACAGUGAGACUUGCGGAUGGUUCUCGGGCGUCUCUUCCGAGUCAUUCGCUUGCGGCACCAGCGCUUCGUGCGUAACUAAUUCCGAUCACAUCGUCGCCUGUGCCUCUGGCACGUAUUCUCCCUUCUUUUCGGUUUGUCUCGACUACGCUGCCUUCCAGCGCAGCUCCUGCAAUAAUGACGGUACCGAGACGGGUUGCUGUAUGGACUCAAAGUACGGAGCGUGUGAAACCAUGUUCUGGACAGGCCACCCAGUGCGCUCCAUGUAUCGCUGCGCCAGCUCAUCAACGAUGGUCACCAUGCUCGAUGAGCCUCAAUUCGUUAUCGAUGCUUCUCUGUUGUCCGCCUCGCUGGCUUCUGCUUCCGCGACACCCACUACCACAGAUCACGUAAUUGCCACCGGAGGCACUCCCCCCGGUAAUACCGAAGAACCCGUCCGCCCUACCGUCAACAUCGGCGCCCUCGUCGGCGGCGUCCUAGGCGGCACCAUGCUCAUCCUCGCCUCGGCAUUCAUAUACUUCCGCUACCGCCGCCGCCGCAGCACAGCCGCCAAGAAGGACCGCCGCAAGCUGCAGGCGCGCCUCGAUGAUGCUUUUCGAUAUGCGCAGACGAUCGACUCCGGGACGCCCGACGAUAGCACCACGAACGCCGGCUCCACCCCCGCUCCCUACGUGAACACCCGCUACCACGGCCGAGCCGCCUCGAGCCCGACGCCUCUAGGCGGAGGCGGAGCCAACAACAACAACAACAACCGCGGUAACGGCAAUGGUGGUGGUAAUAAUGACGAUGGCGAAGCCCCAACGAACACAACAACCUUCGUCCGCAUCCCGAUCCGGCGCCCCCCACCCACGCACCAGCGCCCGUCGUCAUCGUCCGCCCGCAGCCCGCCCUCGUACAACUGGAUCCUGCACGGGCUGCCCUCGCACGGCGACGUCGGCACCAACAGCAACCGCACCAACUCCGCCACGCACUCGUUCUACGCCACGCAACCCACCACCACCACCACCAGCGGCGGCAGAAAAGCCAGCAACGGAGGAAAAACGACCCCGCCCCCGCGCUACUCGACGUCGAACCCGUUCGCGCGCAACCUGUUCUCAGCGGCGUCGUCGUCGCUGGCCUCGCCGUCGCCGUCCGACGGGUCGCUCGUGCAGAUCACGCCGCCGUUCUUCGAGAGCUACGAGUUGGCCGAGGGGGUGGGCCGCGGAAUCGGCGGCGCGGGGAGGGGAGGCGGGGGUCUGCGAUGGAACCACGACAGCGGGUCCUCGGUGGCGUCCGGGUCGGACGACGACGACGACGACGGCCGCUCGACCGAGUGGCAGACGGAGACGAUGAGCGCGGCUACGUAUGAGUAUGACACGAAGUGA